UGUUUCCCUGCAUAUGACCGAUUCCGCUUUCCAAAUAAAAAUAAUAAUAUAAGCUCAGAGUGGACAAAAAGAGGAAACCACGCCGCGGGAGCCUGGACUUAGCAGGUCAGUUGUUGUGAGAGGAGCAACCUCGGAGUUGGAGCCAUGUUGUCGGCAGAGGAGAUUCUGAGCAACACGCAGCAGGUGAUCGCUGGGCUGGAGGCGCUGAGAGGAGAGAACUGCAGUCUGCUGGAGAACCUGCAUGAGGCAAUGGAGAGACGGCCGGCGCCAGAGAGUGGCAGCGUGGAGCAGGAGAAGAGCGACAUCAUCCGCCAAUCACUGGAGAGCAUAGAGCUGGGCCUGAGCGAGGCACAGGUGAUGAUGGCAUUGUCGGCUCAUCUGGGUUCACUGGAGGCGGAGAAACAGAAGCUGCGUGCUCAGGUGCGUCGUCUCUGUCAGGAGAAUCAGUGGUUGAGGGACGAGCUGGCAGGCGCUCAGCAGCGACUGCAGGACAGGGAGCAGGAGGUGGUCACACUGGAGGAGCAGAACAGACACCUGCAGUUCAUGUCGUCCAUACGCAAAUACGACAUGGAGGAGCCACAGCUGGAUGACAAAGACACAUCUUCCACCAAGGAGUCUCUGGAUGACCUCUUCCCUGCCGAGGACGAGGAACAAUCACAGAUGUCCCAGCCUCACCACAGCAGUGCAGCAGCUGCAGCCCAGCAAGGCGGCUACGAGAUUCCCGCGCGCCUUCGAACACUGCACAACCUGGUCAUCCAGUACGCAUCUCAAGGUCGAUACGAGGUCGCUGUGCCGCUCUGCAAACAGGCUUUAGAAGACCUGGAGAAGUCCUCAGGCCACACCCACCCAGACGUAGCCACCAUGCUGAAUAUACUGGCGCUGGUGUACAGAGACCAGAAUAAAUACAAAGAAGCAGCCAACCUACUGAACGACGCGCUGGCGAUCAGAGAGAAAACUCUUGGAGUGGACCAUCCAGCUGUCGCAGCAACACUCAACAACCUGGCAGUGCUUUAUGGGAAAAGAGGAAAAUACAAAGAAGCUGAGCCGCUGUGUAAAAGAGCUUUGGAAAUAAGAGAGAAAGUUCUCGGUACAGACCACCCAGAUGUGGCCAAGCAGCUGAACAACCUGGCUCUGCUGUGUCAGAAUCAGGGGAAGUACCAGGAGGUGGAGCAGUACUACGAACGCGCUCUGCACAUUUACCAGAGCAAACUGGGACCAGAUGACGCCAACGUGGCCAAGACCAAGAACAACCUGGCAUCAUGCUACCUUAAGCAGGGGAAAUACAGACAAGCUGAGGCUCUUUACAAAGAGAUCCUGACCAGAGCACAUGAAAAGGAGUUUGGAUCUGUAGAAGGCGAUGGUCGCCCCAGCUGGUCAGGAGCUGAGGACGGCACUUCAGGACAGGAUGGACUCAGUAACCUGAAGCGCAGUGGUUCCUUCACCAAACUGAGAGAGUCGAUACGCAGAAGCAGCGAGAAACUGGUCCGUAAGCUGAGAGGGGUUGGAUUGGAGGAAGCGACCCCAAGGAAUGCUGGGAUGAAGAGGGCAAACUCUCUGAAUGUGCUAAAUGUUGGAGCCAGGGAGAGUCAGGAGGGUGCCCAGUCGAGCCGUCUGACAGAUGUCCGAGGCCUGAGCUCCAGCACGCAGAGCCUGAUGAGACGAGGUUCACUCGGUACCAGCUAACACACAUACACACACACACACACAU